CUUGGGAUUUCGGUGUUUCACAGAUGUUACGAUAUCUUGUCUGCUUGUUGAAUUCGUGUAUUGAUUCUUCCCUUCAGUUCACUGAGAUCACGGCCUCCUUGUGGCGGUCACAUCUCUCUCUCUCUCUGUCGGAGAAAAAUGGAAAGCUAAAAAAUAAAAUAAAAAAAUAAAGCCAAUCUCGUCGACAUUCCUAUAUGCUAUAUCUACUGUCGCUUUUCCAGCUUGUGUUUCUCUCGACAGGGCACAACGUCUGAACGUCCUCCUCUCUUUGCUGAAGGAGAAGGCGUAGAACGAAGUUCUUUUUCGGGUUUCUGACGAUUUUUCUUCAGCAAAAUAAGGUAUUGAGUUUCAGGGGAUUCUUAUCAUAUAUGUAGGAAAAUGGCAUUUGGAAAAAAUGCCAGAGUGGACAGUAGGCGGUCAUCAUCUACCUACUGUUCAACAGUGACCCUUGUUGCAUUUGUUGCUCUUUGCUUGGUUGGUGUUUGGAUGAUGGCAUCAUCAAAUGUAGUUCCUGUUCAAAAUAUAGACAUGUCUUCUUCAGAAACCAACAAUGAAGUGAAACAAGUUACCGAGAGUUCUGCGCAAUUUGAAGAUAGCCCUGGUGAUUUACCUGAAGAUUCAGUGAAAAGAGACAACAGUGCCAACAAUCUUCAGGAUGAAAGCAAAACUGAUGGUCAGGAUAAUCAAAACCCACCUGAGCAAACAAUUAAUAUUGAGCAAAAGCAGGAAGAGAAAUCUGAGGAGAGUGAGAACAAGAAGAUUGAAGAGGAUUCCAAUACUGAGAAGGAAAAGGAUGAGGAUAAGAAGACUGAAGAGGAUUCCAAAAGUGAGAAGGAAAGGGAUGAAGAUAAGAAGACUGAAGAGGAUUCCAAAACUGAGAAGGAAAAGGACGAGGAUAAGAAGACUGAAGAGGACUCCAAAAUUGAGAAGGAAAAGGAUGGGGAUGAGAAGGCGGAUGUUGAGGAGUCAAAGGAGGAAAAUGGAGAGCCAAAUUCAGGAGGAGAAACAAAGAUAGAAGGUGGUGAAACAAAUUCUGUGGAACAGACAGAAUCUGAGGCCAGCUCGGGUGAGAAGAAUCCAGAAUUGAAUGAGAGUGAGAAGAGGUCAGAAUCGGAGGAGAACUCAGGUGAAACAAAGCAAGAGGACAAAGUGGAUGGUAAGAUAGAGGAGAAAGUGGUGCAAGAUCAAGAGAAAGAGAAGGACCAAASCUCAGAUGUGAAUGACAAGGAUGGCCAGGUCUUCAAUGAGGUAUUUCCUGCUGGAUCACAGUCCGAAAUUCUUAAUGAGACCACCACUCAAAAUGGGGCGUUUUCAACUCAAGCUCUGGAGUCAAAAAAUGAGAAGGAAUCACAAAAGUCCACAGACCAGAAGGGGUACGGCUGGAAGCUUUGUAAUGUAACUGCUGGUCCAGAUUAUAUCCCUUGUCUUGACAAUUUGCUAGCUAUUAGAAAGCUUCGAAGUACCAAACACUAUGAACAUCGAGAAAGGCACUGCCCUGAGGAAGCCCCUACCUGCCUUGUUCCUCUACCUGAAGGAUACAGGAGCUCAAUUAAGUGGCCUAAAAGCAGGGAAAAGAUCUGGUACUACAAUGUUCCUCACACCAAGCUUGCAGAGGUAAAGGGGCACCAAAACUGGGUGAAAGUUUCUGGCGAGUAUCUUACUUUUCCUGGUGGUGGAACUCAGUUUAAGUUUGGCGCUCCUCAUUACAUCGAUUUCAUUCAGGAGUCUGUCUCUGGCAUAGCAUGGGGAAAACACACACGUGUGGUAUUGGAUGUUGGGUGUGGAGUAGCCAGCUUUGGAGGAUAUCUCUUUGAUAAAGAUGUCCUUACCAUGUCAUUUGCUCCUAAGGAUGAACAUGAAGCACAAGUGCAGUUUGCCUUGGAAAGGGGUAUCCCUGCCAUUUCAGCUGUGAUGGGCACCAAAAGGCUACCUUUUCCUAGUAAGGUGUUUGAUGUUGUGCACUGUGCACGCUGUAGGGUACCCUGGCACAUUGAAGGUGGUAAGCUUCUCUUAGAGCUGAACCGUGUUUUGCGGCCUGGUGGUUACUUUGUGUGGUCGGCUACUCCAGUUUACCAAAAAACGGAGGAAGAUGUUGGGAUCUGGAAAGCUAUGUCUGAACUGACGAAAUCGAUGUGCUGGGAUUUGGUUACAAUUAAAAAGGACAAGUUGAAUAAAGUUGGUGUUGCAAUAUAUAGGAAGCCUUCUACUAACACUUGCUAUGAGACAAGACCACAGAAUGAGCCUCCACUGUGCCAAGAAUCUGAUGAUGCAGAUGCAGCUUGGAAUGUGCCAUUGCAGACAUGUAUGCACAGAGUGCCAGUUGAUUUGUUAGUGCGUGGUUCUAAAUGGCCAGAACAGUGGCCAGAAAGACUUGAGAAACCACCUUAUUGGCUGAAAAGUUCUCAGACUGGUGUCUAUGGAAAGCCAGCACCUGAAGAUUUCAAAGUGGACUAUGAGCACUGGAAGCGUGUUGUAACCAAGUCUUAUCUGAAAGGGAUGAGCAUCAACUGGUCUUCUGUCAGAAAUGUUAUGGACAUGAGAUCAAUUUAUGGAGGUUUUGCUGCAGCACUUAGAGACCUGAACGUGUGGGUUAUGAAUGUGGUCACCAUAGAUUCACCUGACACACUUCCCAUCAUUUAUGAACGGGGUCUGUUCGGGAUGUACCAUGAUUGGUGUGAAUCAUUCAGCACAUAUCCUAGAUCUUAUGACCUUGUCCAUGCUGAUCAUCUCUUCUCCAAGGCCAAAAAGAGGUGCACCUUAGUGGCAGUGGUUGCAGAGGUUGAUAGAAUACUGCGGCCAGAAGGAAAGCUGAUUGUACGUGACAAUAUUGAGACCAUUGUCGAGUUGGAGAACAUGGCGAGAUCUCUGCAGUGGGACAUCCGCUUGAAAUACUCACAGGAUAAGGAAGGAUUGCUUUGUGUCCAAAAGACCUUGUGGCGGCCCACACAGCAAGAGAUGAUCACAUAUGCCAUUGAUUAAGCAAUUAAGGACCAGUCGUUUUUACAGCAGAGCUCGAAGACUGCCAAGCUGGAGAUUGGAUAUUCUUUUGUUAGCGUUGCUUGGUCCCAAUUUUAAUUUAUGAUGGUUGUAUUCUGUAUCCUACCUAGUCCAUGUAUUAUUGUCAGUUGCUGCUCUUCUAUUUUACCCCAUCAAUUCCUUUCUUUUGUUUUUGUUUCUUAUUUUCUUAUUUUUCUUCAAGAGGGGAUACCCUGAAUUUUGACUAUAAAAUCAUUUCAUCAUAUACAAAUAGGAAACUAACGCAUUCUCUUAA